AUGAAUGAUAUCAAAUCUGUGGUACCUUUAGAAUCGAAUCCGGAAGUUUUUACAAAUUUUGCUUAUGAUCUGGGGUUGAAUAGAUCAUUUGCGUUUAUAGAUCUGUACUCGUUGACUGAUCCUGAAUUAUUGGCAUUUGUACCAACUCCAGUCAGGGCUAUUGUACUCUUAUUUCCUAUCAAUGACUUUUUCGAAAAGAAUAAAGGAGACACUUCCAAUUCCCAAGGAGACGAAAUCAAACCAAUUUGGUUCCAACAAACUGUGAGAAAUGCCUGUGGGUUGUAUGCUAUAUUGCAUUCUUUGAGUAACAAUAAGCCGUUGUUACAAGGGGAUUCAGAACUUUCUAAAUAUUUGGAAGACAAUAGAAAAGUUGAUGGACAAUAUAAUGAUGAUAAAACUGAUAAUUUUGUUGUUCAAUUAAGUGAUAAAUACUCGACUAAUUUCACUGCAGGUGAUACAGAGGCACCAUCUUCAGAGGAGAAUGUAAACCUCCAUUUUAUUACAUUUAUUGAAAAGGAUGGAAAGAUAUAUGAAUUGGACGGAAGAAAAGUGGGUGCCAAUUGCUUGGGUGAUUCAGUUGCCUCUUCAAUUGAUGGGAAUUUACUGAACGAAAAAGUGAUAGUGGAUAGAGUUAAUUGGUAUAUGGGAAAUGCUGAUGAAGCAAGUAGAUUGCAAUUUUCUUUGUUAGCCUUAGCACCAUCGUUAGAUUAA